UCUCUUAUGGACUCGAAGCUUAAUGAUGUAUUUUGUGAUUUCAGCUAUGAAAGCUCAAAUCGAAAUAAUUCCCUGCAAGAUCUGUGGAGACAAAUCAUCAGGCAUCCAUUACGGCGUGAUAACAUGUGAAGGAUGUAAGGGCUUCUUCAGGAGGAGUCAGCAGAGCAAUGCAGCCUACUCCUGCCCCCGUCAGAAGAACUGCCUGAUCGACCGCACCAGCCGCAACCGCUGCCAGCACUGCCGGCUGCAGAAGUGCCUGGCAGUGGGCAUGUCACGAGAUGCGGUGAAGUUUGGCCGCAUGUCGAAGAAGCAGCGAGACAGCCUGUAUGCUGAGGUCCAGAAGCACCGGCUGCAGCAGCAACAGCGUGACCACCAACAACAGCCUGGGGAGGCGGAGCCACUCACACCUAGCUAUGGCCUCUCAGCCAAUGGCCUCACAGAGCUCCAUGACGACCUCAGCGGCUACAUGGACGGUCACACCCCAGAUGGCAGCAAACCAGACUCUGCGGUCAGCAGCUUCUACCUGGACAUCCAGCCAUCUCCUGACCAGUCAGGCCUGGACAUCAACGGCAUCAAGCCGGAGCCCAUCUGCGACUUUGCCCCCGGCUCUGGCUUCUUCCCUUACUGCUCCUUCACCAACGGAGAAACCUCCCCCACCGUGUCCAUGGCUGAACUAGAGCACCUGGCCCAGAACAUCUCCAAGUCACACAUGGAGACAUGUCAGUACCUGAGGGAGGAGCUGCAGCAGAUGACCUGGCAGGCCUUCCUGCAGGAAGAGGUGGAGAGCUACCAGAACAAGCCCCGGGAAGUCAUGUGGCAGCUGUGUGCUAUCAAAAUAACAGAGGCCAUUCAGUAUGUGGUGGAGUUCGCCAAGCGCAUCGACGGCUUCAUGGAGCUGUGUCAGAACGAUCAGAUAGUGCUGCUGAAAGCAGGCUCUUUGGAAGUUGUGUUUGUCAGAAUGUGCCGUGCCUUUGACUCGCAAAACAACACAGUCUAUUUUGAUGGAAAAUAUGCCGGACCUGAUGUGUUCAAGUCAUUAGGCUGUGACGACUUGAUCAGCUCCGUCUUCGAGUUUGGGAAAAACUUGUGUUCUAUGCACCUGUCUGAGGAUGAGAUCGCCCUGUUCUCCGCCUUUGUGUUGAUGUCUGCUGACCGGUCCUGGCUGCAGGAGAAGGUGAAGGUGGAGAAACUCCAGCAGAAGAUCCAACUGGCCCUCCAGCACGUCCUGCAGAAGAACCACAGAGAGGAUGGUAUACUUACAAAGUUGAUAUGCAAAGUGUCGACACUGCGAGCGCUGUGCAGUAGGCAUACAGAGAAGCUUACAGCUUUCAAAGCAAUAUACCCAGACAUUGUGCGUGCCCACUUCCCCCCCUUAUACAAGGAGCUGUUCGGAUCAGACUUUGAGCAGUCCAUGCCCGUUGACGGGUAGCAGCCCUGCCAGGUGCCAGUGUGCCCACCGUAGGGGAAUGUGGAGGAGGAAUCUGAGACACUUUAUUGGUGCCCUGCACAAACCAGAGCGGACAGAUGGCACGCUGUUCAACUUCGUCUUUUGCAUUGGAGGGGAGGGCUUAGGGAGUUGAUUCUCAAGGUUUACUUUAUUGAAUUUAGUUCUCUUUGGAAGACUUGUGGGACCCGACACCCCAUGGGACAUGAAGAGGAGAUAGGGACAAAUAAUUUCUGUCUGGUUGAAUUUGACCUUUUUAUGCGCAUUUCUAACAUGGAACUUGAGAGUCAUUACGAUCAUUCAUUCAUUUUCACCAAUAUUUAUUGAAUCACUAUUAUGAUGAUUUAUCUGUGCAUCUGAUUUGUAAUCAUAUAAACAAUUAAUGUGACACUAUUGGCAUUAAAAUAGCUGAAGACAUCUUCAGUAGAUAAAUGAAGAAGAUAAUGAAGAUGAAUCAACAUCAGUAUUAUUUUUCAGAUUACACUCCCGAAACUGUUUUUAGUAUUUUCAUAUUCAACACUUCAAAUAGUCCUGUCCCUAUCCCGAAAUAAAAAGCGGAUAAAUGCGCACACUUUGGUCAAGUUCAGCCGUUUUUCUCUUGUGUUCAGUCGUAUCUUUUGGACGCAGUGCUUGGAAUGAAAACUCACAGCAACUUUAAGGGAGGCUCCGUCGGCAUGGUGAUGCAAUCGGUACCUCUCUAUGGACAAUCGUUUAAAAAAAAAAAAAAAAA